UCCUUCUCUCGCGAUACUUUAUGAAUCUCGUGGGCGCUUCAACUUCUCUCAUUGGCUGCCGAGCGCCGUAAGGUCGCAGGAAAAGUUGCAGCGAGGCCCCGCCCUCGAACAGGAGCCAAUCCUGAGUAGCCGAGGGGACAACCCCGGAAGCGAGGUUCCCGCCGGCGGUUUUUCCCCUCUCUAAGAUCUUGAUGAACAAAAUAAAGCAGACAUAAUUCAUCUCUGGAAAGAUUAAUUAUACCCUGGCAUUUGAAAUGCUUUAUAUUUAGAAUAGUAGUAAAAAUGGAAAAAGAGAAAGUAAAUGAUGAUGGAAAACCAGACCCAGAGAAUUCCUUGGACUUUUCUGAACACUUUAACCAACUUGAAUUAUUGGAAACACAUGGCCACCUUAUUCCCACUGGGACCCAAAGUCUCUGGGUAGGGAAUUCUGAUGAAGAUGAGGAGCAAGAUGAAAAAACUGAAGACUGGUAUCAAUUGCAAGAAAAAAAAAUGGAAAAAGAUCCAAGCAAAUUGCUUCUUUGGGCUGCUGAAAAAAAUCGGCUGACCACAGUGCGGAGACUGCUUUCGGAAAAGGCCACCCAUGUGAACACUCGGGAUGAAGAUGAGUACACCCCGCUCCAUCGAGCAGCCUACGGUGGACACUUAGACGUGGUCCGGGAGCUGAUCGCGCACGGGGCAGAUGUUCAUGCGGUGACUGUGGAUGGCUGGACACCCCUGCACAGUGCCUGCAAGUGGAAUAACACCAGAGUGGCUUCUUUCUUAUUGCAGCAUGACGCAGAUAUCAAUGCUCAAACAAAGGGCCUCUUGACCCCCUUACAUCUUGCUGCUGGGAACAGAGACAGCAAAGAUACCCUUGAACUCCUCCUAAUGAACCGCUACAUCAGACCAGGUCUGAAGAACAACCUGGAGGAAACUGCAUUUGACAUCGCCAGAAGGACAAGCAUCUAUCACUACCUCUUUGAAAUUGUGGAAGGCUGCACAAAUUCUUCACCUCAGUCUUAACGGUUCUAAUAAUUUCCUUAAGUUUCCAAGUCCCAGUGCCUCCUUUGUGUGAGAUGUGAAAUGUCCCCAUCAUACAAAGUUGACAUCAAAAGUCUUACAACAGUAACUCAGUGGUACUCGCAGUAAUAUCCUUCCAAGUGAAUUGCCUGACCUUGCUGUCAAAAUGUAUUUGAAAGUUGAUUGGAUAUAUCUACUGCUUUCCGUGGCGUUUGUGAUUUUUAUCAAGUCAUUUUAACUUAUGUAGACUGAAAAACUUGUCACAAGUUGUACAGCAAACUAAUGAUGUUUUUGGUGCUGAUCCAAGAGAAAUGUAUUUUUAAAUAUCCCCCAUCCCAGAUCUUUGUGGAAUAUUUAGUAUAUCGAUGUGUAUUUUUAUAAGGUGAGGUAACUCAGAGUUUCGUUUAAAAGUCUUAAUAUACUGGUGCAGUUUAUCUGUCUUCUCUGCAUCACCAUAGCCAUUCUCUUUCAUUGUAAGCCGUAAGAACGAACAUAUUAGUGACUUGAAUCUUCCUAAGUUUAAAAAAAAUUAAGAAACUAGAUCUUUGUCUUCUAGAACCUAGACCAUUUCAUUUUCAGGAAAUAGCUAGGUGUUUAAUCUGUGAAUUUUAUAUACUGCCACCCCUACCCCAGUCCCCACAAUCCUGUGGACCAUCCUACCUCACCCUGGUCAGCCUGCUUAUUCCUUAUUCUGGUGAGUCAGCUUGACCCUUCAGACAUGCACACGACUAUACCUUGGUCCAGAUCAUAACGUUAUCUGCUUUCCUGCUAGUCUUACCUCCCUGGUCCUGCUGAGCUGGGCGCUGCUCAUCUAGUCUCUCAAGUUCACAGGAAGUGUUCUUUUCCAGGGUCCUCGUUUUAUACAAGCCACACAAAGACAAAGUGACAGGGAAAAGGAAUUCUGAGAAUGAGGGGAUGAUGAUUAUAUUGAGGCAAGAACCACAGAGUGGCUCAGGCUUUUUUUAAAAGCCACCUUGUGGAAAGCAACAAAAGCAUAAAUAUAAAUAUUUCAAAAAAUAAAAAUAAAACUUUUGAGCAACCAAAAAAAAAAAGCAUGAAUUCUUUUUUUACCUAUGUAUAUCUUCCUUGGAUCCAUAAGAUAUUUAUUCAUGCAGCAUACAUUUGUUUAGCAUCUGCUUUCUCUGUCUCUCCAACAGCAGUUUCCAUUGACAACAUAGCCCCUCAGUGACUAAAACAAAGGGGUUUUUCUCUUAACACCAGAACUAACGCACUGGGGAAAGGGAACAAAACCAAUGGCCCUUUUCUUCAGUUGUAUUUUUUUAAAUGUCCACCAAAGUUUGUCUCUUUUGACCUAGCCCAUGUGACCCAGUCACCUUAGACUAAGUAAUGAUGUUAUUUAAUCAAAUAUGUGUGGCAGUUUCUAUGUUAGAACAGAAUUGGAUCACCUCAGAAAAGUUAAAGAUAACGUAUGAACGAAAUCAUGGUGACAGGAUCUUAGAACUUAAGAGAGCUUCAAUUAUUUUGUGAUCUCUGGCUAGGAAAUGCCUCUGAGGUUUCAGAGUAUCAAUAUCUUUGACAUAAGGGUUUUGGCAGAAAGUGAGAGGUGGCUUUCUGUUUAAUCUGGCCUAAUUUAGUGAUACCAAAUGACAAGGUACAGCUGAUGGACAAUGACAGUAGAAUAAGACCCCAACUACCCCAUUAGACUGCUAAACGAGGCUUCCUAGUUAUCUGAAAGUCACAGAGCGCAUGGCUCCUUUCUUACUUGGAAAUGAGUUGCAUCCAUGAUUUUACGUAAGCUUUCCCUUUGAGUGUGGCUCCAAAGCAGCUGCUUUAUUCCUAAGAAGCUGAGAUGUGACUUCUCCCUUUUUUUCAGGCCUCAGCGCUCAAGCAGUGCUAGGGAGCAAAUUCUACAUAUUAGGGAAAUCCCUUCCAUCCCUGAGGGCAGAAUUUGUAUUGUUUGCUUCCUUUAUACUUUCCUUAGUGUUUUUUUAAUUUCAUUUUUUUAAUUAUUUUUUUCUUUUUUGAUUGCAGUAUAGUAGACAUACAGUUUUAUAUUAGUUUCAGGUGUAUAAAAAAGUGAUUUGAUACUCUCCUUAGUAUUUACUAGACUCCUCCGUCCACAGAAGACAUGCACUAAUCAUGCUUUUGACUACUCAGUGGACCCUUGAACAACAUUGGUUUGGACUGUGCGGGUCCACUUACAGGAAGUAUUACACAAUCUGGGCAGUUGGUUCUGCAGAUGCAGAACCACAGGUAUGGGGGCCGAUGAUAAAGUUUGGUUUUCAAUAGCGCAGAAGGUCAGCAUCCCUAACCUUUGUGUUUAAGGGUCAACUGUAUCACUUACCUAUGUUUUCCAGUUUUCUUUAAGAAGGCCAGGUAGUUACGUUUGCAAACAAAAUUUUCUCUAU